AUGCCCUCCGCCCUGUAUGCCACCGAGCUCGCCCACCGCCGCUCGGUCCCCCUGGGCCGCCACGCGGUCUGCCGCUGCGCGCUCGCGCCUGCCGCGUCGCCGCGGCAGCUCGCGGCGCUGUCCGCGAUGGCGCGCGCUCAGCUGGUGGCGGUCGCGCCGCUGCAGGGCUGCGAGCUCGUCGUCGUGCCCUACUUUGACAGCCGCGGGGCCGUGCGCGUCGUGGCCUUCCUGCGAAUGCAGUCGGGGGAGUGA